UUUUUUUUCUUUUUUUUUUCCUUUUUUUUUUUCCCGCCGUUGUGUGCGUGUCCGAGCGGUGCGCGGCUCCCCGCAGUGCUGGACCAGCUGGCAUUACAGGAGCGCUGAUGUCUUCAUCUGACUCCCCGCAGUUGUUGAUGGAGUGUCUUUCUCAGAUUUCCAGGCAGGGUCCCAAGCGCAACACCCAGCGCCAGCUCCCGCUGCCAGGCGGCGCUCCCCGCGGCUCGGGCCGCUCCCGCCGCUGCUGAGCGCGGCCCCGGGGCCGGAGCGGGCAGAGAGCCCCGCGGCGCCGCUCCUGCCGCGGGCACAGCACCUGCGGCGGCGGCGGGGGAGGCCGCCGGGGACUGUGCUGGCGGCUCCCCGCUGCCUCCAUCCAGACCUGCGACCGCACUCCCCCUCCUCCACCCGUCUCUCCCCUUCCCCCCUCCUUUGUGCAAAGAGGGUGCCGGCGGUCGGACCCCCGACCUGCCCACAUGCAUCGCCCGUCCGGCCGCUCGACUCCACUGCGUUAAUGUCCAUCUCGGGUCCGACGAGACCAGCUCAGAGGGGCCCGUGUUGGAAGGAGAUCUAAGAUGAAGUUAUGGGAUGUUGUGGCUGUCUGCGUGGUGCUGCUCAACACGGUCUCCACCUUGCCCCUGCCCACCGGUAAGACGCCUCCCAAGGGGUCCCCUUCAGUGGUAGAGGGACCUGAAGAUGAUCUCUCCCCCAUCAGCCUGCUGCCUUCCUAUGCUGUGCACAGUGACUCUAAUAUGCCAGAGGAUUAUCCAGAUCAAUUUGAUGAGGUAGUGGACUUUAUUCAAGCCACUAUUAAAAGACUGAGGAGAUCACCAGAUAAACAGACUCCAAUUUUUUCUAGGCGGGAGAGAAACCGUCAAAACGCAGCGACAAACGUAGAGAAUUCCAGCAAGAAGGGAAGGAGGAAUCAAAAGGGCAAAAAUCGAGGAUGUGUCUUAACAGAAAUACAUUUAAACGUGACUGACUUGGAUUUGGGAUAUGAAACCAAAGAAGAGCUAAUUUUCCGGUAUUGCAGUGGAUCUUGUGAUGCAGCUGAGACCACCUAUGACAAAAUUUUGAAAAACUUAACCAAAAAGAAAAAACUGGUCACUGACAAAGUGAGGCAAGCUUGUUGCAGACCCACAGCCUUUGAUGAUGACCUGUCCUUUUUGGAUGAUAACCUGGUUUACCACAUACUGAAAAAACAUUCCGCGAAAAGGUGUGGAUGUGUCUGACAGCUGCUUGCCAGAGGCAGCACCAUUUUUCCAUUCCUACUACACUGCAAAGAGAGGGACCAAGGUUCCCAGGGAAGUGUCUACUCGGAGUGGAGAAAAAAAGGACCAAGAACACAGAAUGAGGAGCCAUGAGAGCCUGGGAAUGGGGGGACAUGAAGCAGAGUAGAAGGAUGGAGACUUUUGAUGUCCUAUGGGGAUUUAGAUAAAAGCUCAGGUGGAGAUGCCGAUGGAUGGAUGGUGUGCACGCUACCUUUCCUGUUUGACUCAGUCCACCAUCAGUGAGACUCAAUCCAUGAGGAACGUGCUUAAAAACACAACCCUGCCAUACCACGCUGUGUUGUAGUUAUGCCAUGAUAUACCAGUUAUACCAAGAAGCUUAGCUAAGAAGUAGGUUAGGAGUACCUUACUAAUCCCCUGUGCCCUCAGCUCUACUGAAAGACACAUUGUGCUGCUGCUCAUUGGAGGGCAGUUCCUGAGCGCUUAGGACAACUCCUAAGCUAUACUAAGAUUAACCUUGUAAGUAAGAUGAUAUUGGGCAAAUAUCAAAAAGACUAGGCUCAAGUUCUCACAAAGCAAAACAGUUCUGCUUACUGGCUAAGUUUGGUUAUUUCCAUCUCGUGUUUCUUCAAAACAAGUGCAGGAUUUCAUUCUUCUGCUACCUAUGAAAACAAGUUGAGUUUUUAAGCACUUCUUCCUAGUAUAGUAAGAGAAAUAACAAGCCCAGCCUACACAAAAUGCGUUUCUUUAGGUUUACAAAGGACUAAAGUCACUUGCGUAACUACGUUUCUAUUUGAUCAUUGUGAGUGAGCAGAGACUACUUGAUGCAAUGCAUCCCUUCAGAGACAUAAAUAUACAGAAGAUAUUUAUUGCGAUUAAGUUAUUGUUAUUUAUUACAGUUCAGUAAAGAGUCUCCUUAUUUAUUAAAGUGUCUUUCAAAGGUGCCAAAGUAGAUGGCACUUGGGGAUAUAGAGAGACAAAGACGUUGGGAACAACGGUCCAUGCUUUUGAUUGAAAGUGUUAACUUGAAUGCAAAAAAUCACUUACUUUACCUUUUUUUUUUCCUUUAAACAAAAUCUUGAUUAUGUUCACAAAAGGUAGUGCCGAAGCCUGCAGCCCUUCUGCCUAUUCACUAAUCCUUUAGAAAAAUUCAGUCAAACAUGUGCAGGAGCAACAAUGGCUCUGGACGAGUGAGGGUUGCAGGACUUGGCUCGACAUUAGCAAUUUGUUAGAAAAACUAAUUUUAGUCAUAUUUUAAAUGUAGCCACAUUUUUUUCUCACACUUUAUGCCAACUGACCUCGUAUAACUAUUGACAAAUGGAAAAUAAUCACAUUUAGCCUUAUAAUUUCUUGUUAUAUUUAUUUAAGCUUUUCCUUCCAUAUUUCCAUAUAGAAGAGGUUAAGUUCCUCUUACUAGUUAGCCCUGGAUUUAAUAUAAUCUGCAAGUAAACAGUUGUGUUAAAUAACCAGAGUGUUUUGUAUAAUUUGCUGAAACAUUACAGGAUCGUACCCACGCAGCAGAGCAGUCCGAGUUUCCUUAGGACGAGGGAGGUGGUACAGCGAAGGUUUUCACACGUGACCGCUAAUGCACGCUCUCAUUCUGGAGACAUUUUUCGCAAAGGAGCAGGAGUACAGGUCACCAGACAUACCUGACAACCAGUGAAGCAUCAACUCCCACAAAAACAACACGAAAAAAAAAUUCCUACUGAAAAAGAUGGUCCAACCUUUUAUCUCAUGCAUGCAAUGGCUCUCCAUAUUCAUUUUGCCCCGGGGCCCCUCAGGGCACCACCGAGGAAGGGUCUAGAGGUCAAAAAAGUCCAGAACAGGCUUAGAAAGAUGUACCAGGUAUACAGCAUGUAAUUCAUCCCUGACUUUCGCUGCUUUCCUGGGCGGAUGGAAGCUGGCCCCAGAGAACCACCCGCAGGGUCUGUUCUCACACUGCCAGGGAGACUCCUUACCCUCCAUGCUGCUCAGGGGUGGUGACACCACCAGCACUGGCAUGAUGUGGGCACUAAAAUCCUGCCAAGCUGAGGGUCAGCUGCACUGCUGGGCAGCUGACGAGCGACAGCACUCAGGGGUGUGCUUUCGCUGGCCCCAGUUGCUGAAAACAAAACUUGCCCCAAAGCAUUUUCUGCGCAGCUUGAAGAGGCUGCAACCAAAGCAAAUCUCUAUGUUAAAAAUACAAAAGGGUAAAGUUUGUGAUUUUUUUAAAAAAAAUUUUUUUAAGGUUUUGGUUUUUUGUUUUUUUUUUUUUGUUUUUUAGGUUUUUUUUGUUUGUUUUUGUUUUGUUCUUUUUUUUUUUUUAGUUUUCAGACCUUACUGAAGACAGGAGUGUGCUUCUCUGGAUUUUUUUACUUCACCUGCAAUUAUAUGUCUCAGUCAUUUGUGUUAAUCAACCAAAGUUCUCUACAGACUUUAUUUUUGUACAAUAUUCAUUUUAUAACUUUUUACAAAAUAAAACUCAUUUCUA